ACUUGACCAAACUUGAUGGCCAGAGCCUGAGGAUUUUGGCUCAUAAGUAGCAAAUACAGACGCAGUCGUGUGCUUCGGGUCUUCUGCUCCUCCUCCUUCUCACUCACCCCAUUUUCACAUCUCUACACAUGUGUAUGUCUUCACAAUGUUUGAUUAUCUUUAUCAGGUGUUGAAUUAGAGCUAAUUGAAGCUCAUUUAUUGAAAUCUUUGAAGUGGUUAUGGAUAGUAAUAAAGAUGAAGCGUUUAGAUGCCUUAGAAUUGCUGAAGAAGCAAUUGCAUCUGGAAAUAAAGAGCGAGGAUUGAAAUUUAUUAAAAUCGCUCAACGUUUGAAUCAUAAUUUAUCUGUUGAUGAACUUUUGGCUGCUUGUGAGAAGAUCGAUUCUUCUUCUAGGUCAAAUCAAUCUAUUGAUGAAAAAUGCGUUCUUGAUGAUAAGAGUAGGCCUAGUUCUGCUAGAAAUGAUGAGGGUUUAAAUGGGGAAAGGAAUUAUACUGAAGAACAUGUGCAAUUGAUUAGGCAGAUUAAGAGGAAUAAGGAUCAUUAUACAAUUCUUGGAGUGGAAAAGACUUGUUCUGUUGAGGAGAUUAGAAGGGCUUAUAGGAAAUUGUCGUUGAAAGUUCACCCAGAUAAGAACAAGGCACCAGGAUCUGAGGAAGCAUUUAAAAAGGUUUGCAAGGCAUUUAAGUGUUUGAGUGAUGAUAAUUCAAGGAGGCAGUAUGAUCAGACUGGUUUGGUUGAUGAAUUUGAGUACAACCAGCAGUAUAAUGUUAGGCGGACAAGGAGGAGGAGAAAUGUGCAUGAGUUUUAUGAAGAUGAUUUUGAUCCAGAUGAAAUAUUCAGGUCAUUUUUUGGUCAGACUGACAUGUUUAGGGCGCAUCAUAUUUACAGGAGUAGAGAAAUGAGUGGUGGUCGGCAACGGGAGGAGUUUAGUCGUGGAGGAGGGGCUAAGUUGCUGCUUCUUAUACAGAUAUUGCCUUUCUUGUUGAUUGUUGUACUUGCUUAUCUGCCCUUUUCAGAGCCUGACUAUUCAUUGCAUAAAAAUUAUUCCUAUCAAAUUCCUAAGACAACUGAUAAACUCGGCGUGGAGUUCUUUGUUAAAUCAGCAGCUUUUGAUGACAAUUUUCCUGUUGGAAGUCCUGCACGAGCCAACAUUGAAGACAAUGUGAUGAAGGAUUAUAGAAGCUUGCUUUGGCGUCAUUGUCACAUAGAGCUCCAGAGGCGUCACUGGAACAGGAAUCUGCCUACUCCUAGCUGUGAUAAACUACAAACUUUGGGAUUAGCAUGAAGGAAAUGUAAUGAAGAUGGGGAAAGCUUGUAGAUGUAAGUUAUUAAUGAUCCUGGGGAGAAGGCUGUAAAGCUCUAGAGAUGUGACCUGGCACUUGCCUUCUUCUUGAGUUGGACACUUGGCCAUUCACCAUAUGCAACGCUAGUGCAGGAUUGGUGCAAACGGUCUUCAACGUCCUUAUCAUGCCAUGAGAUUUUUUAUACCUAUAAAUUGUUGAGUGCGCCUACGAGGGUGAGGAUUCAAUGAAUUAAAAAACCAAUAUUGUAUGAAUUAUUUUUCUUGGUUUCAAAGAGUUGUUUCCAGUAAAUUCCUAAGAAAUUUAUUUUUUUUACUAGUAA